GGAGAAACUAGCAUUAAAUGUGCAGCAGAGUAGAGGGACACUUGCUAUCAGAGGCCGUGAUCUUAUAUUUUGUGUAUAGAAAUAACAUUUUUAGAACCUGUUAAAAUUAAUAGCAUUAAUAUCCACUUUCAGCAGUGUAGGAUAAAUCUGCUUGAACAUAUUCAAGGAAAAGAGUUAGGGGGACCUCCUUACAAACUAUACUAUUAGGUUCCUCAACUACAUUCUGCUGUUGAGCUAUUCUUUUUUUCCUUCAUGAUAUGGAGAUCUCUAAAUAAUACCUGGUUCAUAUUGAGAUCCAUUGACUUGCGACUUGCUGUGCUGCAACUAGGGUUAAUAAUAGUCUGUAUUGCUGUUUAACAAAAUGCAAAGUUUGAAGGACAGAAGAGCUAUGAUUGUCUCACAUAUGAAUAUGGAGGAGGAAGACGAUUUAAACCAUGAACAUUUAUGUGAAAGUGGACCAAAUAGCCAAAAUGAGAUCCUUCACCUUCCAGAUGUAUGUUCCUUGUUGAAGAAUUCUCAAGUUGAUGUUAAUAGUAGCUUACAAAAAGAAUUCUUUUCUCUUAAGAUCAGGAAUUGUUCUUUAUUUAAGGCUGUACCUUUGCCUCAUAUCAGCAAGAAAAUGCCUUCUCAUUUGAGUGAACCAACAAGGUUAAAUUUAAGUGUAACUGUCUCUUCAAAGGAUUCAUCUCAUCUGCUCUUUUCACCUGAGAGAGGACGACUUGAUAAGGUUUUUAACCACUUUGAUAGUACUUCUGUGACAGAUUGGCUGGAGAAAGCAUAUAAUUCUAUUAGUGACUUGGGUGUCUGGUGUUGCACUGGAGAUAACUUUGUACAUUUUGCACAUUUCUGGCUGUCAGAGCUACAGUACAAUCAAAAAAGGCAAUUGUUGGAAUUAGAAAUGGGUAUUAUUGAGGAUGAAUUGCAACUUGCAUUUCUUGAGGAGUUGGAUUCUGAACUGCAACCUUCUGAUCUGCAUUCCAUCCUUGCUGCCACAUUGAGUGAAUAUCCUAUGGGACUACUGAGCAACCAGAAACCGUGUAUUUUCCUUAACUAUUUAAAUGUCAUGUCUUCAGAGCAAACAACUGCAUAUAAAAAAAUGCUUUCAAGUAUAAAAUAUACAACAAAUAAUCCUCAGGUAACACAGUGGCUACUAGCUGUACGAGCUUUUGCACUAGCAAAUCUCUGGCAUGCAGUAGUGAAGUUUUAUAAGGCAUUGGUCAGUACCAAGCUCGUUCCUGAACUACAUAUCAAGAGUUCUGUUUCUGCUACUACAAAGCAAACAAACGAAGUGGUUAAAGAAAGAGCUCUACACAGUGUCCAGCUGGGAUAUGCUGAUGUCUUGCAUUAUCUUAUUAUAAACCAGCAGCUUGACCUUGGUGCAGUAGAUGAAAAAAAUCGAAAUCUCAUAUUUGUAGCUACUAUAUAUGACCAACCAAAGAUACUGGACUAUUUUCUUGACAUGGGACUUCCCAUACCUGAUGUAAACCACGCAGCAGAAAAUGGAAACACACCACUCCAUGCUGCAGUGAAUACUGGAAAAAUGCACCUUGUAUCUUUGCUGCUGCAUUAUCCUGGAAUUAAUGUGAAUUUCCCAAAUCCCCAGUGUGAUGGAGCUACUGCUCUACAUCUUGCUAUUGUCUAUGGGUACUUGGGAAUUUGCUAUUUAUUGCUGAAUGCUGCAGCUGAUGUGGAAAGCCCCCUGGGAGAUCUAACACCUGUGCAACUUGCUGAGAAUUUUGGGUCACCAGGAAGUGAAAGCAGGCAUUUGCAUGGGAUUUUUGUAGCUGGCAUUGCAAGAUAUUUAUGUGCCAGAUAUGCUAAACAUUCAUAUGCCCCUUCAUGCUUCGGCCACCAUUCCAGAGGACAUGCUUCCAUGCUGAUGAUACUCAUUAAAAAAAUAAUGUGUUAAUUACGUUGGUGACUG